AAUUUGGCAUACUUUUUCUGGCUAGAAAUUUUCUUUUAGAUCUCAUGGAUGGGAAUUGUCUAUCGCUCACGAUUCCCAUCUUGGCUUCUAUACUUCCUUUGUCCAUUCUAAGUAGUACCCACAUCAAUUUUCCCUGUCAACAAUCACAAAAAUUUUCCUUCUCAGUUCCUUUCUGCAAACUUUACUCCCAGGAGUUUGGUUUUCUUAUGCCCAUUCCAGUAAUACCAACAAUCAGAAAUUUUUCCUUCUUGGUUCCUUUCUGCAAAUUUUUAUCCCAAGUGUGUGGCUUUAUUGUUAAAGAACGUGAUGAUUCUCUUGCUAUCUUACGUUUAGGACACUAGUACUAGAUAAGAGUCAAGUAAGUAAUGGUGGCAAUUACCAGAGGAUGAUUAGGACACCAGUCCUCCACCAAACCCACCUAUUCUCACAACCAGAGACCUCAACAUUACAUAGCUCUGAAUUGAGUUCCAGGUUGAAGGAGCAAGAAUGCAUCUCUCUCAUACGCAGGUGCAACAACAUUGAACAAUUCAAGCAAGCUCAUGCUCAAGCUAUCAAAUAUGGCUUCUUUUGGAACUCUGCCCGUACAAGCAGUCUUGUGGCUGCUUGUGCUCUCUCAGGCUGGGAGAGCAUGGAGUAUGUCUGCUCAAUUUUCCAACAAAUGGAUGAACCAGGAACCUUUGAAUUCAACACUAUGAUCAGAGGAUAUGUUAAUGAAAUGAGCUUUGAAGAAGCUUUACUAAUCUACUAUGAGAUGCUUGAGAUGGGGGCUGAACCUGACAGGUUCACCUAUCCACCCCUGCUAAAGGCAUGUGCCUGGUUACAGGGACUGGAGGAAGGGCAGCAAAUUCAUGGACAUGUGCUUAAGCUGGGAUUAGAACAGGAUAUGUUUGUACAAAACAGCUUGAUCAAUUUGUAUGGAAAAUGUGGUGAGACACAACUUUCUUGUGCGGUUUUUGAGCAAAUGGAUGCAAAGAGUGUUGCUUCUUGGAGUGCUGUUAUUGCUGCCCUAGCUAGAUUGGGAAUGUGGAGGCAGUGUUUGGUGUUUUUUGGAGAUAUGAUAAGAGAAGGAUGUUGGAAGCCUGAAGAAAGCACAUUAGUUAGUGUGCUCUCUGCUUGUGCACAUUUUGGUGAUCUUGAUCUGGGUAGGUGCAUACAUGGUUACCUACUCAGAAACAUAAGUGACCUUAAUGUCAUAGUGCAAACUUCUCUACUAGAUAUGUACCUCAAAGGAGGGCAUCUACAGAAAGGAUUGCAUACCUUCAAGAAGAUGGUGAAGAAGAAUAGGUUGUCAUAUAGCGUGAUGAUCUCAGGACUUGCGAUGCAUGGAUUGGGGGAGAAAGCUCUUAUGAUUUUCUCGGAAAUGCUAGAAGAAGGGCUGACCCCAGAUGCUGUAGUGUAUGUCAGUGUGCUUACUGCUUGCAGUCAUGCUGGGCUUAUCAAUGAGGCUCUGCAAUGCUUUGAUAGGAUGAAAUAUGAGCAUGGAAUAGAACCAACAGUUCAACACUACGGCUGCUUGGUAGACCUUUUGGGAAGAACUGGAAGGCUCCAGGAAGCCUUUGAGCUUAUCAGUAGCAUGCCCAUGAAGCCGAAUGAUGUUGUCUGGAGAAGCUUUCUCAAUGCCUGUAAAAUUCAUGACAAUGCAAAACUCGGGAAGAUUGCAGCAAAGAAGCUCCUCCAGCUAAACUCAAAGAACCCCGGUGAUUAUUUGCUUCUGUCAAAUGUGUAUGCUCAAGCUCAGAGGUGGAGAGAUGUGAGCUUGAUUCGAACAGAAUUGAUCUGUAGUGGCCUUAAACAAACACCAGGAUUCAGUUUGGUUAAGGUGCAGAGAAAAGUGUACAAGUUUGUUUCACAAGACAAGUCUCACCCUCAAUGCAAAGGAGUUUAUGAGAUGAUCCACCAGAUGGAGUGGCAACUAAGAUUUGAAGGCUAUUUGCCAGAAACAUCACAGGUCCUUCUUGACGUGGAUGAAGAAGAGAAGAAACAGAGAUUGAGAGGUCAUUCUCAAAAGUUAGCAAUCGCUUUUGCCCUGAUACAUACAUCUCAGGGUUCUCCCAUAAGAAUAGCAAGAAACGUCAGGAUGUGUAGUGAUUGCCACACCUAUGGUAAACUAAUUUCAAUGAUUUAUGGAAGACAAAUUAUUGUUCGAGAUCGUAAUCGGUUCCACCAUUUUACAGAUGGAACUUGUUCUUGUAGGGAUUACUGGUAAAUUGCAAUUUCUCCAUCCCAAUUUUCUUUCCACAGU